AUGGUAGUAGUAUCCCUCGAAGACGUCGGGCAGAGGACUCUGCUGGAAUGCCGACAGAGUGGUGUGCUCUGUACUAAACGACUUUGUGAUUAUGUCCUGGCUACUGUGUGGAAGGAUGAUGAGGUAUGCUAUGCUGAUAAUGGGGUAGAGGAGGCAGAUGUGGGGACGGUGGUGGAAAGGGCAGUGGCACUGAUGGCCCGAGAUAGAAACCCCUCCCUCGAGACGAUGAGGCUCCAGGCAAACUUCCGUGACAUGUUCAAUCACAUCGAAAACGUUGCUGCGGCGUAA